GCGAGGCGGGACUUCAGGGCCGCACGCCUGCCAGCCCCUCAGUCUGAGCCCAGAGAGACAUGGGCACCAUGGAACCCAUGCCGCUGCAGGACUUCAUACGCACCCUGGACCUCGCCUCCCUCCCGCGCGUGCUGCGAGUCUCCUCGGGGUACUACUAUUCGAGCUCCAUCUAUGACAUCGGGGGGAAAGAGUGCUGCCUCUGCACGGGGGACCUGAUCAAGGUCACCCAGGUUCGCCUCCAGUAUGUGAUCUAUGAGAACCCGAAGAUGAAAAUGGUGGUCAGGACAAUUGACCCCAACUUCCAGGGCCACUUCGUCUCCCUCAAGACCUCUCAGAGCUACGAAACCCUGGAGGAACUGGUCUUUGACAUAGAUCGGAGCUCCAAGCAGCAGCUGCCCAUUUACAUCAUGUCGACCCGCAGGAUUGUCACAGAGGGCAGGGUGGUGACUGACGACCAGGUCCUCAUUUUUGAGGAUAUGGUGCGACGCCGCCACACCUCCUGUGCCCGCUGCAUCCUGGUCACGGAGGGUGAGCGGGUCAUCCUGCACCUGCCCCUAAACCAGAGGGGGCCCUUCAGGAUAUUGGAACCCAGUGCUCCUCAAACUCUGCUCCAGGCCCUGCAGGAACCGAAGGACCGGCUCUUCACCUGCCCCACCCUGCCCUGGGACCAUGUGACCCUGAGGCCCACGUAUGAGAUUGAAGCCAUCAUGCACAUGCGCAGGACUGUCAUCAAGAUCCCCUCCAACCUGGAGGUCGACGUGGAGGAUGUCACUGCCUCCUCUCAGCACAUCCACUUCAUCCAACCACUGCUGCUGAGUGAGGUCCUGGCCCGGGAAGGCCCCUUCCCCCUGUCCGUGGAGAUCCUGGAGGUUCCUGAAGGGCGCCACAUCUUCCUCAGCCAAUGGGUGCACUCCUUGAAGAAAGGCCAGAGGCUUUGCAUCUACGGCUUAUCCUCACCACCCUGGCGGGUCCUGGCCUCAAACAGGGGCCACAGGCUGCCCAGGUACUUCCUGGUGUCAGGGGCCUACCAGGGCAAGAUGCGGCGGCGGCCGAGGGAGUUCCCCACGGCCUAUGACCUCCUGGGUGCAUUCCAGCCAGGCCGGCCACUCCGGGUGGUGGCCACAAAGGACUGUGAGGGCGAGGGAGAGGAGAAUCCUGAGUUCACAUCCCUGGCUGUGGGUGACAGGCUGGAGGUACUGGGGUCUGGCCUGGCCCAUGGGGCCCAGGGCAGUGACAUUGACGUCUUGGUUUGUCGGCGGCUGAGUGAUGAGGAUGAGGAGGAAGAGUGUGAAGAGGAGGCAGAGAGGCCAGAGCGGGUCUUCCUGCCCCUCCACUGCCCUGGCAGCUUCGUGGAGGAGAUGAGUGACAGCCGGCGCCACAGCCUGGCAGAUCUGAUUGCCCAGUUCUCACUGCCUUGUGAGGUCAGGGUGAUGGUCAAGGAUCCCAGUUACCCCAGUGACCCUCUGACUGCUGUACUGGGUCUGCAACUGGAGGAGAAGAUCACAGAGCCCUUCUUGGUGGUCAGCCUGGACUCUGAGCCUGGGAUGUGCUUCGAGAUCCCUCCCCGGUGGCUGGACCUGACUGUUGUGGAGGCUGAGGUGCAGCCAGACCGGCCAGGGGGGUCUGUGCCCAUAGCCACAGUGGAGGAGCUGCCAGACACCUUCUAUUACACUCUUCGGAAGUUAGCAGCCUGUGAGAUCCAAGCCCCUCCGCCAAGGCCCCCUAAAAGUCAGGGACUCAGUGGGCAGAGGAGACACAGCAGCGAGAAGGAAGGCAUGAAGUCUUCUCACGUCUUAGGAUUGCAGCAACCCCCUCUGCUGCCCAAACCCAAGGCGAAGUCCUUGCCAGAGUUCACCAAGGAUAGCUCCAGUACGUACAGCAAGAUUCCUGGUCACAAGAAGGGCCACAGGCGCACUAAGCCCCAAACAGAGGAUCUAGAUGACGAACAUGAUUAUGAAGAAAUACUUGAGAGCUUUCAGAAAACCCUCUAACUUCUGGAGGAACCAUGCGUCCUAACUGCUGCUUCUCAGGGAACCUGAGGCCAGCUAACCGUUAUAAGCCUCUAAAAGACCUCGGACAAGGCCUCAUAGAAACUGAAGUGCGCAUGGGGAAUGGCUUUGUGGGAACUGAUCUGAUGGAUACUGCACCAGCUUCCCUCAGGUUCCAGGUUCCUGCCACUUAGGGUGGGCUGGUUUGAACCUAACACCUCACACGUGACUCCCUCAGCCUCAGAGCCUUGGGAUGCAGAGCAGCUAGCAGGGUUCCUCAAUCCUGCAGCCCCAGCUGUCCCACCGAUGGCUGCAGAUGAGAAUCGGAGGCCACCAACCUUGGUAAUACCAGUGGCUCUCAGUAAAGAGGAUUCCAACCUGAUCACACUGCAUGGGAGAUUGUGUUAAGGUUUGCCACUCCCACUCUCACCCCCAAGCUCUAAGCCCCGGGAGGCCUGGACUGUCUUCCUCAUCUCUGUAGCACCUAGCCUGAUCUGCAUGUGGUAAAUGGGGGUCAUAUGAAUUCGUGUGGGAACCUGGCUUCAAGAGCAGAAUCUUAGGACUUUGGCCCACAAAAGCUGGUGGUGAAAUGAGGGGAACCAAUUUAAGAAGACCCUUAUGGAGACCUAAGGCUGCAGAAAGCUGGUGGGUUUCAUCAGGUGGUGAAAGAGUUGUGACUAUCUAAGAUUAUUUCAUUUUUAAAUCAGAAUGAAAAUGAGCUUCUACACAAAUAAGAGCGGCUAUCAUUUAUUAAGUUCUGACUAUGUGCCAGGCACUUACAAACCAUAUCCAAAUCCUCAACUUUCUGAGGUACAGAAUGGCCUGAUUUUAAGAUUAGGGAAGAGUCUGUGGCCAAGUGCCUUAGGACGCUGACCAGCUGCACUUAAGGGUGAGGACUUGGAAUGUAUGAGACUCGGUUAGGAUCCCAGCUUGCUACCUAUCAGCCGGGACUAUAAGCAAGUUUUCUUUUUUCUUUCUUUCUUUUUUUUUUAAGAGAUGGGGUUUCACCAUGUUGGCUAGGCUGGUUUUGAACUCCUGACCUCGUGAUCCACCCAUCUCAGCCUCCCAAAGUGCUGCGAAUACAGACGUGAGCCACUGCGCCCAGCCUUUUUCAAUUCUAUGAGCAAGUUGUUUUAACCUGUUUCCGUUUUCUGACAUGUCAAAUGAAACUAGUUACUACCUCAGGAGAUUUAAUGUUUUAAGGAUCCAAUGAGAUAAUCUUUGCAAAGCAUUUAGCACAGUGCCUGGCACAUAGUAAACAUUCAACAAACAUGUAUCAUGAUUGAGCAAGAUCAUGCAGCUGUCCUGCCUCCAAAGCCUAUGCUUUCUACCCCUCCAAUGUUUCCUUGUCAUAGGAUACAUCCCAGUGUUAAAAAUAUACCAUAUCCCUAGACUGUGGAGAGAAGUUGUUGGCGGGCCUCACUGUCUUUGUUUGUUUGUUUUGUGGCAAGAUUAGAGAACAAUUCACUGUCUUGUUUAGUGGACAUUAAUACAAGCCUUUGUCCGUGCAGAGACUAACUCAGUUUUCAGAGGCGGUCAAGGCCUGUUCAGUGAGAUAAAGACCACAGGCCACAUUUUCUCUAAGUGGUGGGACUUUGGUUUGCGGUCUGAGGCAGUCACAGUGAGCAAAGACAGGAGACAAAGAGAUGAUCUGAUACUCAGCUGAGAUGGGAAUCUAAAGAGGGUCAGAUGCCCACUUCCCUGGUUUCUAGGCAUUGCCCCUGGGCGUGUUCUUUGCGUAACAUCUCCCUGGGCUGUCUGGACUCCGUCCAGGCAUGGUGGUACUUUGGAAGGUGGAUGUGGAUGCAUCACCUGAGGUCAGGAGUUCAAAACAAAACUGGUUAACAUUACAAAAAUUACAAGAAAUUUGGCCAGGUGCAGUGGCUUAUGCCUGUAAUCCCAGCACUUUGGGAGGCUGAAUGAGUGAAUCAGAAGGUCAAGAGAUGGAUACUACCCUGACCAACAUGGUGAAACUCUACUAAAAAUACAAAAAUUAGCUGGUGUGGUGGUGCCCACCUGUAGUUUUCAGCUACUGUACUUUCAGGAGAAUCACUUGAACCUGGGAGGUGGAGGUUGCAGUAAGCUGAGAUCAUGCCAUGGCACUCACAGAGGAAGACUUCGUUCACACCUAAACAGGAAAUCAUUUGUUCAUCUAAAAUACAUUUGUUAUCUAAUAGAAAUUUAACUGAGUUGUACCUUCCAGGCCUCCGGGCCUCCAUACUCCAGCACGUUCUCUAGGUGACUACUGAGUGGCUCCUACAGGCUGCUGGGCCAGUUCUUAUCUGCCCAUCAGCUCCCAUGCCCUUCUCCAGAGAGAUCAAGCUGCACUGUAAAGGAGGACCCUGAGAAAGUAUUGUAGGGAGAAGCAAUGGGCAAGAAACACAGAGUUCCUCCUUGGCAACAGAACCCCAAGGGGCUAGUUUUCACUUCUGCGUUUGCAUUUACUCUCAGCACAAAAUUGAGCAAGAUGAGUAACAAAGCCACAAAAUCAGGGGUGGAAGAGGGCUACCAGUUCCUAUAAAAUGGGCUGAGUAGCCAAAUACUGUGGUGAGAAAUUUCACAGCAGAGAAAGUUGGGCUUGAAAGCCACAACUGUGAAUGUUUUUUUUUUUUUUAGAUGGAAUCUCACUCUGUGGCCCCGGUUGCAGUGCAGUGGCACCAUUUUGGCUCAGUGCAAACCUCCGCCUCCCAGGUUCAAGCAAUUCUCAUGUCUUAGACUCCUCAGUAGCUGGGACUACAGUUGUGUGCUACUAUACCCAGCUAAUUUUUGUAUUUUUAGUAGACAGGGUUUCACCAUGCUGGCCAGGCUGGUUUCUAACUCCUGACCUCAGGUGAUCCACCCACCUCUGCCUUCCAAAGUGCUGGGAUUACAAGUGUGAGCCAGAGGCUGGCCAUUUUAUUUUAACAAUGAAGAUUAGCAGGAAUCCAACUAGAGGUAGAUACUGGCCUCAGGAUUUGUUUUCUUUACCCCUGGAAUAAGCCACAGAGUGGUGGGGUGUUAUAAUGGCGCUAGGGAUUCCCCAAGGGCAGUGGUCUCCAAAGUAGGGAGCACACAGCUCUAGGGGAACACAAGAUGGUCACUAGGAAACAUUAGCACAUUCCUUCACAUUUAUUUAGAGAUGGGGGUCUUGUUAUGUUGCCCAGGCUGGUCUCAAACUCCUGGCCUUAAAUGAUCCUCCCACUUUGGUCUCUCAGAGUACUGGGAUUUACAGGAGUGAGUCACUGUGCCUGGCCCUAUAUUGGCUUUUAAUAUUCUUAUAUCUAUUUUUGAAUGAUAUUUAACAUACCAAUAGAGUAACAGAUAUAAAUAAUUGCUAAACAAAUGAAUAUAAACUGUAAUGGAUGUCAAACAAAUAUAUCAAUCCACACCAGACACUAAUUCUUACUGGCCUUUCUCUAGUUAAACCCAAUAAAGUAGUCCUAUUCUCCAAGAAGCCUCAUUUCCCACCUGUAUACAGGAUUCUCCCAUGAGCAGGCUGGACCACUGCUAGGCUGUGAUGCUGGUGUUUCUAAGAACCUGGGUCACACUGCUGUCCCAACAAUGGGCCAAGAGAAUACUGUAAAUUUGACCUAUCAGGUGGACCACAAAUGCCCACGAUGCAAAUUUGUCCUGCCUGGGUAGAGAAGCUCUACGAGAGCUGGAGUUUCAUUCUAAGAAGUGAUGAAACUCUCCUGCCUAUGCUCAUCCCACAGGUCCCAGCAGUGGUGAGAAAGCACACAACUCCUGUGAGACAGUGGAAAUGUCAAGAUGACAGGGAAUUCGGCACCACUGGGCAGCUACUCUCUGCCACUGGGAAUGCUGAACCAGCCAAUCCUGUGAUGCCAAUCUCUUGUUGUGCUUUAUAUUCCUGGUACCUGACCUAUGGGUUGAUAUAGCAGGUAUCCGAAAACCACUAAAUUAACAAGCAGUUGUUAACUGUUAAGUCAUCAUCUGAUUUUUAUCAAAAGAAAAAAAAUACUUCCACCUAGAGGUACUGCUACUGCAGUACUUUUUGAGGGCACCAGCUUGAUAACUAGAAAGAGAAGUACCAACCAUAAAAUAUCCUAUCACACAUUCCAAACUCAAACAUAGAUGAUUUUACUUGUUUUCAGUCAUUGUUCUUUCUUUGAGAAAAUAACCAAGAAUGAAAACACACUUGCAAAUGAACAUGCUGGCUGGCUGAGUUUUACACACCUGAACAGCGCCGCGGAUGUUAAAAAACUCUGUGUGUAUAGAAAACAUUUAUUGUUCGCUGUUAGAAACCAACCAGGUGGUUGGCCUUCUCUACACAGCUGCUAGUUCUCUUUUAGAAACAUAAUUAGAGCAGAUAGAAAAUUCUUAUUUGCAUGUUACACUUCGCUAACUUUAUCUCAAAAUUAGCUCUUUCAUUAAAGAUGUAGUUAACUUCUAGAGUUGUCCAAAACAUCUCUGAGCUAGUUUCUUUUUCUGUAAGAAACAGCUGAUCAAGUUGGCCAAAAAAUCAAAAAAUGCCCAUAGGCUUUUGGAAAGUCUCUUGAGGCCAAAUGAGUAGCUAUUCGAUUCAGUUACAUGAUCACACCCUGCCAAAGAGUCAACAUUAAGGUCCAUUCCAUAAUCCCUUUAAAUAGCAGUAUUAGAUUUAGAUGCUUUACAGACUAUAGUUUUAUUCAAUCUUUACACCAAACCCAGGGGAAAUAACAUUGCUUUCUUUUUGUAAAUGAGGAAAUGGAGGUUCUC